AUCUGCUCCUGGUGUGAGUCACCGCUUAUUUCUGCCCGUUUCAAACAUAACCUAUUUACACCGCUGUUUUUCAUUAUGUCGCCCUAGAAUAUGGCUUCAGGUGCCUCGCAGACCUAUACAGAAAGUAAAGUGCAAUUUCGUAGCGCUGAUGGCGAUGCUGAAGACGAGGAAGACAGUGAAGAUGUCUUAGAUCCCCGAGUGAAGGGGGAGUUAGAGCGAUUGAACUCUUCGACCGCAGAAAUCAAUCGUCUGGAACACGAUCUUGAGGAGCUUCAAGCAACAUUCAGACAGACACUGACAGAGUCAGCAUAUGUUCUGAAAAGCCAAGCCACCUUUCUUGGAUCAAAAUGUAUAGAUCGAGCACGGCCGUAUUAUAAUGCAGUACUGAAAGCAAAACAGUCACAGAUUGAAACUCAGAAAGCUGCACUUAAAUAUGAGAGGGCCUGUAGCUCACAUCAAGCAGCCAAGAAAAUGCUGUCCAUAGCAGAACAGAAACUUGUCUCCACAUCUAAGGAGCAUAAAGUUCUGGACCCAACAUGGCAAGAAAUGUUAAAUCAAGCUGUUCUAAAGGUUAUGGAGUCUGAUAAAGAGCGAGCUUUGAGUGAAAAAGAACAUCUUGAGACAGCACAAGCUUUCAGUGAAGCUGGGAGAAAAGUGACAGAAUUGAAAUCAAAGCUGAAUUCUGCUAUCAACAAGUCAAGGCCAUAUUUUGAUUUGAAGAUGAAGUAUGAUCAAAUAUUAGAGGCACACAAGCAUCAAGUUGAAAUCACACAAGCAAGUCUUCAGGAGGCAAAACAAAAAUACUCAGUUGCCCUGAAGAACUUAGAAGGCAUCAGUGAAGAAAUCCAUGAAAUGAGACGCAGCAGAGAGAGCCUAGAUGCCCUUUUACUUGAGCGAGAGGAGGGGGUUGGGGCAGAGUCCCCUGAUGACACAGAUUUAACGAACUUGGAAGGUGGGACUAUGCUGCAAAUAAAACCAUCUUAUGGGUUCAAGAUAGCAAUAGUUUCGUCCACAAAAGAGGCAGAACUUGAAAACAGUGGGUUGAUUGUGGGUGAGCGAGAUGGUGACCCAGAGGGUUGUAACUCUCUUGAUGAACAGAAGGGGAGUAAAAAGCUUCAAGAAUCAUUUACCAAGGACAUCAGUGAAUCUGAGGUGUCUGUUGUAUGCCAAGGUGAAAAUAGUCCAACAGGCUCUUCUGAGGAUGUUGAAAAGGGAAGAAACAUGGGAAAACAUUUCUCUAAUUGUGAUUCCAAACCUUCAGUACCAGAUGAAAAAUGGACUGUUGUACAAGUUGAUAGUUGUGUGAGUGCAUCUCAGGACACAAUGGAAGCAAGAGAGUUUUCUGAUAACAAAGAAGUUGAAUGUGAUUUAGAGGUACAGGUUGUGGCUGACCAAGGUAGCAGAAGGAGUGAUGAUGAAAAAUGUUUUAAGGCAUUGACAAAUCAACAGUUUGAUCUUGAGGAUCAGAACUUGAAUAAGGAGAUGAAAAAAGAUGAUCAGGAAAGCCAGGUACAUGAAGAAGCUACACAAGAAUCAGCUUCUACAUUGCAAGACCUCAAGUUAAGGAAGGCUACAGAGAAUACAUAUGAUGUAGAUAAUUCUAUCAAAUCUGCAGAAGGAUGUGAAAGUAACAGUACAUCAGCAAGACAAGGAAAUAUUGAAAGCAAAACUUCAUCAGAAGUGCAAGGUCCAGUCAGUGAGGAAGACUCUGUAGAUGUUACUAAGAAUGGGCAAACUGAUUAUGAAAGUGAAGUUGUUAAUAAAGAGGUUACCAAUGAUAAUAGCCACAUGGAUUUGGAUGUGAUGUAAGAACCAGAUAAUUGAGCUCAAUACAAUUUGGUGAGGAAGAUAAGCAAGACUGUUCAAAAUUUGACAACUUACCAAAUGCAAUUAAAGCAUGUUUAAAGCAAAGGGCUCUUUUAAAAUGAUUUUACAUGUUAUUUGGAUGGCAAAGGCAAUUUAGUUUGAGUUUCUUUGCUCUAAGUUAAGCUUAACACUUAAAUUGAUUUGUUCAGCUUGCUGCCAAGGCAUUUAAUUUAGUAAAUUCAGUAUUAACCCUGUAACUCCCAAGAUCUGAUUGUCAAUUCUUCCAUCCAGCUGUAACACAUUUCCUUGUAAAUAAGUAGCAACAAGAAUUUGGUCUUAGAUCAAGACAACAACUUCUACAUGAUAUGUCUGAGUAUUCUCAUUAGCUUUUUACUGGAUCAUGUAUGGAUGUUACAGGGAGAAAUUAGAUAUUAAUCACUUCUGCGAACUAAAGGUUUCAGGAUCAUUCUAAAUGUGUUUUGGUUUGCACAACAACACUCAGUCACCUGAAGACAGCUUGUAUUACAUUUUAGUAUUUUUAGAAAUGCGGAAAGUUGACAACUACCUUUGCAGUGCAAUACAAAAUUUUGAUCAUCUCUUUGUAACUCAUUCAUGAAAGGUCAAAUCCACAUUAACUGUUUUUUUUCCUAAUAUUUAUUCAAAGACCAGAAAGUCUUUUUUAAAUGGUAUUUUAAAACUUUAUAACUGGAGUCCCUUUUUUUGUAGAUAUUUAUUAAUAUAUAUUUAACAUGUAACUUAGUGUACUUGGGCAUGCUAUGGGUGAAGAACCAUUUUAAGACUGAUGUGGGUAAUUUAAUUACAUAUAAAGCCAGGCACUAGCUUUACUGCAUGCAAGAAGAAGUCGUAUUUCACAAGAUCUGGGCAAAUGCAAUAGAAGGAUGUAGAGUUCCCUCUGUAGACAGCAAGGGCAUGUUUUUUUUUUAAACUGUGAAGAUAAUAUAUUUUAAACUUUUUUUUUUCCAACAUGAUUGGUUUCUGGAGACAACUGCAUUGGCUUUAAGUUAAGCAAAUAUCUAUAUUUAUUGUAAGUUGACAAAGGAAGUCACUAAUUGCAUCUAAAAGUUGAGAUAUCAGUUAGCAAAUCAACGUUGAAAAUGUUGUACAACGUGAAAAGACUGUAAGUUAAAAUAGUUAGUGGAAGUUAGAACAGUCUUAAUUAAUGAGAAGGUUCUUAUCAGCAAAGCUUGGUAUAAGCUGCUUUUACUUAGUUAAACAUCAUAAUAAACAGAAAGUGUUCUUCAAA